GAACGUCUAAGGAAAAUAUAUAGGACUAUUUGUCAGAUCCAUAAAGUAUAGCGACACCGUCGCUGAAAGUGCACGAAAAUUGGAUAAACUUAAUUGUUUUGUAUUUCUAGCAGUUCUAUCACAAUAAAUCUAGAGUCAAGGAAUCAUCUUUAAUUCAGAGUGAUGUCUAGGCAGUCGGAGGAAGUUUUGUUGAUAGUGAACAGUGUGAAGAAUAAGAAAGUGGAUGGUGUAUUGUAUAUGAUGGGAGAAAGAUUGGCAUGGAUGCAGCCCAGUAAAAACAGUUUCUCAUACAGUCAUGCUUAUGCAGAUAUCAAAUCCCAAAAGAUAUCAGCAGACACUAAAGAGAGAGUACAGUUACAGCUUGUAAUGCACGAUGGAGGUGCAAACACAUUCCAGUUUAACAAUCCAGCUGGGAGAGCGGCACAGAUGGCUGACCGGGAAAGUGUAAAAGAGCUUCUUCAACAGUUGUUACCAAAGUUCAGACGAAAAUUAAGUAGUGAGUUAGAGGAAAAGAAUAGACUUCUUCAAGAAAAUCCUGAGCUAUUUCAGUUGUAUAAAGACCUUGUAGUGAGUCAAGUUAUAACAGCAGAGGAAUUCUGGUCAACUCAGGGCCCUAAAUAUCAAAGUAAAGAAAAGAUUGAACAAAAACAAACAACAGGUGUUUCUGCAGCAUUUUUGGCUGAUAUAAAACCAGAGACAGAUGGUUGCAAUGGUUUGAAAUAUAAUCUUACAGCAGACAUCAUAGAAUCUAUUUUUAGAACAUAUCCCAUGGUUAAGAAGAAACAUGCGGAGUAUGUACCUCAUGAGAUGACAGAGAGUGAGUUCUGGACGCGAUUCUUUCAGUCACAUUAUUUCCACAGAGACCGUAUGGCUUUAGGUACCAAAGAUCUCUUCUCCGACUGUGCCAAGAAAGACGAGGAAGAGAUAAAGAUUGAAGUUGAGAGAAAAAAUACUGACCCUUUAUUAGAUCUCACAUCCCAUAAAGAUGGCAAUUUAGAUGAGGGGUAUGGUGGGACAGGUGAUGAUAAACGAGGAACAAUAAAUCCUGCUAACCUCACCAUGAUAAGAAGGUUUAACCAUCACUCUACCAUGGUGUUAAAAGCUUGUGAACAAGCUGGUAGCCAAGCUAACUCAGGAAAUUCUAGUUUAACAAAUGGUAAUCACACAAAUGGGACAGAUUCAAGAGUUAAUGGUGAAAGCAGUAAAGAACAUAACCAUGAACCACCAAAGAAAAGGGCUAGAAUACGUGAGAAACUUCACUUUGAUGACCUUGAAGAGAAACAGAGCAAGAAUAAUGUGAACCUGCGUCUGUCACGGAUGGAGCGUUACCUGCAUGGGCCGACACCUGUGACCUCAUCACGAUACGCCUCAAGCGAGGAUUUAAUCUCAGCAACUAACACUGUAUCAGCAGAGAUAGAUGUGUGGUAUCCAGAUCUCAGUCAUGUAAUGCAUGGUACUACAGCAGUCAGUAUUUUAGGAGAGUUGUCACCAGGUGGCGCUUUAAUGCAGGGAACUACUCAACAACAGUUAAAUCAAAUGGUACCUGAAGAUAUGCAAAAUGAAUUAAAACAGAAUUACAAUGCAUUAUGUGAACUUCUGCGGCAUUUCUGGUCAUGUUUUCCUGUCUCAUCCAAAUUUUUAGAAGAAAAGGUUGUUAAAAUGAAAUCUACAUUAGAAAGAUUUAACAUGUCAAAGUUAAAUCCUCUCAAAGAUAAACUACAAGCCAACCAUUAUAGUAUGGAUUUGACUGGACAUAUGCAGGACCUUCUUAACACAGCCUACACUAAGUUUGAGACGUGGCAAUCUAAAAGAUCAUUGAAGAAAUCCUGAAGUUUACUUCUGUUAUAGAACUAUGAUUUACAGUUGGGAUACGUAUUUGUGUUUUAUUUUAAUGGUAUUCCUUUAUAUAACAAGGAGAUGUGUAGUGUGUGUAGCAUGUUGGGAUAUAAAAACAAUUCAUAGAGCAAUAACAAAGAACAGUGUCAUAGGGUGUAAAUCAAAGUGGGCUUUCUUGACCAAUUAUGGUGAUUUAAUAUUUUUGCAUGUAUUGAAAUAUUAUGAAUUAACUAAAGAUUGAACAACAAAUAUAAGGAUAUGAUUUCAGUAAAGAGAAAUGUGACAAAUGUGAUUAUUAAAUUCUAAUCCAGCUCAUGGAUAUUUAGCUUUCAGUGAUUUAAUCAAUGAAAAGACUGUUAUAUUUUAAUGUUAUAAACUUCUCUUU